CCAUUAAUAUGGAACAAAAGCUAGGCUUCGUUUGGAUUUCGGCGUUUCGGCGUUUCGGCCCGAAAUCAGCGUAUUUGACUGCUUUGGCGUUUCGCAGAACUCAAACCUCUGUUUUUAUCCCGUUUGGCAAAUAGAGUUUAUCAUCGGCAUUUAGGAUGAAACCGCCAAAACUAAAAACGCUACAAAUAGGAGCGUUUAGGUUUUGGCGGAUUGAAGCAAUUAUUAAAUUCCAUCGAUUACCCUCUCAUCUUCGUAUUCUGUUUUGCUCCCGCCACAUGAAGGUCUACGGUUUCUUUGGUUUGACGUUCGUUGCCUGCCUUCUGUAGUUUCUUUGUUGUACAAGCAGGAUGCAGAAAAAGGCCUUUAGAUUUUUCUCAAAGGCAAUCAUUCCUUGAUAUUUCGAAACCGGCGCCUGAAGAUAUGAGGGGCUAAACAGAACACCACGAAAUAUCAAAACGUGGGUGAAGCAAAGGUAGAUGAAAAGAAGGAAAAGAAGAAAGGGAAGGAUGGGGAAAAAGAAGGGAAAACAGUUCCAAUGGAAUUUGGCCCGCACUCCGAAGAAAGAACCACUGCAUUUCUAGCUUUAUCUCCUGAAGUCCGUCUGUACUCAAACCUCAAAAAAGAAUUUAGAGAUGCUUCAGUUGUAUCAGUUGAUAGCACUGAGAACAUUGAAGAUGACACUGAAAGUGCCACUGCUACUGAUGGUGUGUCCAUUACCGCUGUCAUGACGGAUUAUACAUCUGAGGCACGCAAAGGUACCUCCUCUUCUUCUGGAAUUCGCAAAGCCUUGGACACUGCUGAGCUCCUGAAUCUGAUGUCUAAGAAGAAGAAAAUGUCGCCCCCACUUCCUCCAAUUACUAGUUCUGCUGCCAUGACGACUUGCUCGCUUCCUGCUCCCGUUUCAAGCGCAAGCGCUGAUUUGAAAAAGACGACUCUCAUAGCCGAUUUUUCUGCCAACUUCUGCCGGCUGGAUAAUGCUUUAGAGAUGAAGAAAGAAGUGACACAGUUGUUGCUCCCUUCUGCGGUUGACGCUUUUGCUGGUUUCAGCGAUGUGGAUAUUUUGGCAGCUUCUUCUGCAUUUGCAUUUCAGGUGGUGCAGGCUAAUCUGGUGGCAGCUAAACGCGUGCAGUUUCUAACUGAUGAAUUGCAGAAAUCCAAAAGGCGGGAAGAGGAAGUGAAAAAGACGUUUACCGAAGUUGCCUCUUCUAAGCUGGAACUGGAGGGGAGGAUAGUAUCCCAAGCACGCAUGAUCGAGAGCUUGUCUGACAGAUUGAAAGGCAAAGACGCCAGGAUUGCAUCUUUAGAAGAAUACGGCAAGAAAAAGAGACAGGAAGUUGUCCAAGCAGCCGGUUACUACACUUGGCUAACUAGGAAGGAUCUAAUGAAAUCGUUUUUAGCUGGCGAGUCGAGCAACUGGAAUCCUCAGCAGGACAUAGAUACUUGGGAUGCAAACUUUGCUGAUGAAGAACCUCCUGUUGGGGAUGACGACUUUGAUUUAGGACCUUACAACGCCGAGGCGGAGUCAGCUCCUAGGUCUUAAUUCUUUUCUGCUAUGCUCAAACUAUCGUUAUCAUGUUUUAAGUAUCUUUUGUUUCGUCCAGACAUCUUUUCCUUGCCAGUCUUUAGUGCCAACCACAUCGCCCGGUGGUUU